AUGUAUGCCGAGGUGGUCAAGUUGCUGGAAGACGUGUCCGACUACCUGGUGGACUUCUUUGUCCUUUGCUAUGCCAUCAGCGUCGGUGUCGUUAUCGAUUACCAAAGCACAUACCGGGAAGAGCCCGUAUGGGCGCAUUCACUUGAGCUGUCCUUUUGCAUUAUAUUUGUCUGUGAACUCGUCUUGCGCCUGGCCCUGGCGCAGAGGCGCUUCAUCACAGGGAAACGGCGUUGGUGGAACUUGCUGGACACGCUUGCAGUGAGCUUGAUGGUGCUGAGGUUCCUGAUUGCUACCAGCGAACUACUGGGGACUCUGUCGACUGCCCUCAGGAUCGUUCGAAUGGUGCGUGUCUUCCGAAUCCUCUGGGUCUUGCGUGCAGCCCUGGCCAGCUCCUCACAACUCCGGCAAUUUCGAAUUCUAUUGGAAUCUCUGACGGAAAGCAUGAAUGUACUGGGCUGGCUUCUGAUCUUGAUUCUGAGCAACGUGUACAUCUUCAGCCUUAUAUUCACGGAGAGUUCGCUGUGGGAUGAAAUCGCGAUCCUUCCCUGGCAUUUGGCGGCAAGCUUCCUGGUCUUCGUCGCUGUUUCGCUGGUUCUGGCGAACACCAUCACCAGCUUCAUCUGCAGCCUCCAAACGAUCGUUUCAAAGAGGGAGAGGGACCUCAUCAUUGACAAGGAGCUGGAGUACAAUGAAAAGCUCGUGUCUGAGCUCUACAAGGUCUUCCAUGAGGUAGAUCAGAACGGCAACGGCGUGAUCAGCUGGACUGAAUUCCAGCUGGCCCUGGAGGACGAGCGGAUGCACACCUUCUUGAGUACUUUGGAGCUGGACAUGUCGGAUGCGAGGAAGAUCUUCCACAUCCUUGCAUCCGAGCAGACAAAUGCCAUCGAGGAGUCCGACUUCUUGCUGGGUUGCCUGCGGAUGCGAGGCGGUGCGAGUGCCGUUGACAUGGUCAGGAUUCAGAUGGAGCAGGACCACUGGUUCCUCGCCGCCAACUUGCGGCAAGAACAGGAUCAGAUUUCGGAGACGGAGAGCGGGUGGAGCCCCGAUCACAUCACUGACGACCGCAUCGACCGCAUCAGCGUCACUAUCGAGCCCUUGGAGGAGAUCGAAGACGUGGCGCUCCACGAGUUUCAAUGGGCAAAUCUGGAGUCAUGGCAACGUGCUGUCACGCUGCAGGAGCUCCUCACAAUUCGCGGCGAUCUUCAGCGACUCUGCAAAGGCUGGAGGAGCGAGCGGACAGGCCAACAUCUUGUGCCCGAGACGACGAACCUGCUCCUCAGCAGCAGGGUUGUCUGGGUUGCUUCAAGCAGAGACACACAGACACAGAGACACAGAGACACAGAGACACACAGAGACACACAGAGACACACAGAGACACACAGAGCCUAUCAUUAUAUACUUCCGCAGACAGCACCGCUGGAGGGGACAUGGCUCCGUCUAGCCUGGGACGCAGAGCGCUUGCCUCCUGCAUUGGGCCAGGAGUUGUGCCAGGUCUCGGAGGAUGCAGCAUUGCCCAGAGCCAUCGCCGUCAUUCUGAAGGUUGAGGUGGUCGAGUCUGAAGCGCAGCAUGACGGGAGCCCCUGUUUGGACUUGCUGGUGAAGCUGAAACGAGGACGCUUCCUGGCUGGGCAUCGGGCUCCGGCAUUGCACCUGGGCAGGGAGAGCGGCGAGUGGUCAGCAGCGCCGGAGAGGGUAUGGUACUGCAGUCAUUGGUGGGGAGAGCCGAUUUUUGAGUUCGUGAGCGGUUGCCGUCGGCACGCAGAAGUUCGGCACCUCGUGGCGGAUGCACGGUACUGGGUGUGUGGCUACGCCAAUCGCCAGCACGAGCUUGAUCAAGAGAUCUCAGUCAAUGUCGUGGAAACAUCAUUCUACACAGCACUUCGCGAGGCGAAGGGUCUCCUGCUGAUCUUGGACAACCAGGCCACCCCUUUCUCGAGGAUUUGGUGCGACUUUGAGCUCUGCACGGCCAUCAUGAGUCGCGACAUGGGGCUCGACAUCGUGACUACCAUCCCGCCCAAACAUGGGAGAGAGGCAGAGACUCGCUUGCUAACCACAGAUUUGGUGCCUGGCGAAUCUGCGGUGGCCAAGUCGGUGCGGGAGCAGCAUUUUCCUAUCGAUCUGCUGGCUCCGGGGAUGCUAUUUAUUGUUUUGACUUGGAGAUGCACAGUGCAGUGUUGUGGUUUUGGUAGACCCCAGAAUCCUCCCCGAUUUGAUUCCUUGGGGAUGCCGGGACCAUCCUUGCUGGAGAAUGUGCUCCCACUACUAGUGGUAGUGGGAGUGGGAGUGGUCGUCGUCUUAGUAGUAAGGACUGGGAGUGGAAGGAGGAGGGGGAGCGGGAGGAGUAACAAUGGAUAG